CAUCAAUCAUUUACCGGCCAGCUAGGGCUACUGAGGCCCGAGGAGGGGUAUGGUACGGAACUCGAGACCGGGGACAACUCUAUCCCCCAAGGCGGCCGCGAAACACUAGCCGGGGAGGCCCCCGCCCUCCCUCGGAACGGCUGCUCAGAAUCAGGUCUUCUCUUGAAUCUGCAGCGACGUCCCCGGCGCGUGCACAAAGGCUCCGACGGCGGCCGGCGGGGACAGCCGAGCGCGCGGGAGCCGGCGCCAGAGGUCGCCUGUGCGCGCCCUAGCCAAGCCCCAGGCACCAUGCCGCGGCGCCUGCAGCCUCGGGGCGCGGGCACAAAGGGCCCGCCGGCCACGACCGCGGCGGCUUCGGAGGCCGCCUCAAGUUCCCACCCCUCUGCCUCCGGGGACCUUCCAGCAGCGGCCAAGCCGCUGCUGCGCUGGGACGAGGUGCCCGACGACUUCGUGGAGUGCUUCAUCCUGUCGGGCUACCGGCGGUUGCCAUGUACGGCGCAAGAGUGCCUAGCCUCGGUGCUGAAGCCUACCAACGAGACGCUCAACUUCUGGACGCACUUCAUCCCGCUGCUGCUGUUCCUGAGCAAGUUCUGCCGCCUGUUCUUCCUGAGCGGCCAGGACGUGCCCUUCCAUCACCCGUGGCUGCUGCCGCUGUGGUGCUACGCCUCGGGCGUGCUGCUAACCUUCGCCAUGAGCUGCACGGCGCACGUGUUCAGCUGCCUGUCUCUGCGCCUGCGCGCUGCCUUCUUCUACCUGGACUACGCUUCCAUCAGCUACUAUGGCUUCGGCAGCACAGUGGCCUACUACUACUACCUGCUGCCCGGCCUGAGCUUGUUGGACGCCAGAGUGAUGACACCGUAUGUGCAGCAGCGCCUGGGCUGGCACGUGGACUGCACGCGCCUCAUCGCCACCUACCGCGCGCUCGUGCUGCCUGUGGCCUUCGUGCUGGCAGUGGCCUGCACCGUGGCCUGCUGCAAGAGCCGCACAGACUGGUGCUCUUACCCAUUCGCGCUUCGCACUUUCGUGUUCGUCAUGCCCCUCAGCAUGGCCUGCCCCAUCAUGCUCGAGAGCUGGCUCUUUGACCUGCGCGGCGAGAACCCCACGCUCUUCGUGCACUUCUAUCGUCGUUACUUCUGGCUGGUGGUGGCCGCCUUCUUCAAUGUGAGCAAGAUCCCCGAGCGCAUCCAUCCGGGUCUUUUCGACAUUAUUGGCCACAGCCACCAGCUCUUUCAUAUAUUCACUUUUCUUAGCAUCUAUGACCAGGUGUACUACGUGGAGGAGGGCCUACGCCAAUUCCUCAAGGCACCGCCUGCGGCGCCCACCUUCUCUGGCACUGUGGGUUACAUGCUGCUGUUGGUUAUCUGCCUGGGGCUGGUCAUUAAGAAGUUCCUAAACAGCACCGAAUUCUGCAGUAAAAAGUGAACCUCUGCCUUGGAGGAGGCUGCUGGUUCGCCCACCUAUUUGUUUGGAGUUUCUGUUGUUGCCGUUGUUGGUUUCUUUUCAAGUUUUGUUGUGUUUCCUUCUUUGCUCAAGGAAGGUGCUGCAAAACCACAGGGAAAAAGUCGAAUGCAACAAGGGGGUCUCAGUGCACUUGGGGGUUUUUGAAGAGGGAGAUAUGGUUCAAGCAAAAGGGAGAGGGCCACUUGUUCUUGCCCCUGGAAAAAAUUCGGGUGGUGUGUCUGACAUCCAGGAGUUUUUCAAAGGGAGCGAGUAAAAUCCCAGAUAAAUCCCCGAACAGUUUGGUUUUCCGGUCGUCUUCUGCGCCAGUGGUAAUGACGAGUAGUCCUGGUGAGGUCAGGUAUGCAGUAAAGAGGGUAAGUAGACAAAAUCCCUGGGUACUUUCAUUUCAGUGUGAGGAAUGCUUGGAUUUGUAAAAAGAAUGGAGCUUUGUAGGAAAUGGGCACAAAGACACAAACCCAGGGCUUAACCUGCUAGAAAAUGCAUGGAAUGUGAACACAAAUUAUUUCAAAAUGUUUCUCAGAUGUUAUUUAAAUAGUAAUAUAUACAAUGAUUUUUCAUAAUUUAUCAAAGCUUGUGAUAUGCACUGAAUUGUCUUUGUUACAUAGUUUUGAAUUUUGCAGCCCUUCUGCAUUGCACACACUUGAACUGGACAUCAGGGCAAGCUGCUUGAGAAUUCUCAACUACUUUUUUAAACAGUGUUUUCUGAAGGCUUAUGUGUGUUAGGAUACAACUGUGAAUUAUUCUACCUUAGGGACUCUGGUUAAACUAUUGUUGAGGAGCUCAGUGGUUUGUAUACAUCCCAGAUUCCAAUUUACUUUAAUGUAUUCCACAAAACCCAUCCGAUUUUUUGUUUGUUUUGUUUUUAAUUUUAUUAUUUCCUUCUCUACUUAUUUAAAUUGCCACUGGAAUAAAUGUGCCUUUUGAAGCAAUGCCCAAAUGACUGGUCCUCAGACAUAGUUUCGUGCAUGGAGAGAGCAGUAAGAAUACGCUUUUCCUACUUUACUGUAAAUCAGGGUCUAACAUUCCACCCAGGAAGGAAGGGAGAUGGUGUUGGUUUUAAAAUUUUGGUAGGACUGGAAGUAGCUUACCAGGAGAAAAGGAGCCAACCCACUAAUGUGGCUGUGGUUCCUAAUGCAGCCAUCGGGGAAGGUGAGAGGACACUGUUCUAGACCAAUGCCAUUUAUCCUUGCUUAAAAUUAAAAAUGUAAUAUUCAGGAAUAACUGAGGCAGUUAUAUUAUGAAAGUCAGGAGCAUAUUACUUGAGUUGAAACUGAGGAUGUUGAGUUAAAUAACAUUACCUUUGCAUAGUUGAACACUGGUCUCAUUUGGAUCCACACUAUGGAAAUGAAAGGAAAAAUCACUGAAAAAUUAGUGAACAUGUUUCUGAGAUCCUUUCUAACAACCACACUGAUCAAUGUUAUUUAAGACAUUUCUCAUAAGUGAUAACCUGUCCUUGAGAUAACAACUCUAGAUUAACACAAACCACUGAGGUGGCUUAUUUAAUUUAACUUAUCACACUUCCUGACAAGUCCUUUUGGUUAAGAGCCACUGAACGGGGAGUCUUGACUUCAUAGUAUAAUUUAGAUCAAGCACAUAAGGUAGAUGAACACAUACCUCAGCACUAGUAGGCUGGAACUCCUAAAAAGAUUGCUGUUUUUGUUUAUGCUUUUAAUCUCUACUGUAUUUGUAAACAGAGAAGCUUGGCACAAUUCCCUGGAGGAACCAGUAUCCUUGUGCGUUAAUUUGCACACAGAAGUUAACUUUAUAUAUGUUUAUAUUUAAUUUGGAACCUCUUAAUGGGAUCAUAAAUACACUUUGCACAUUUGCUGAUGGAUGUCCGUAUCUAAUCUUUUGCAAGUGCAAGGAGAUUCCCAUUAGUUGAUAGAGGCUGAGAAAUUGUGCCUAGCACAGAUGUUAUUCCUCAGCUGUAACUUAACUCAGCGCAUGUAUUCAUGGACAAUUAUGGAAAUCAGGAUAUUUCCACAUGCAAACUUAUUUGCAUGUCAUUGUUGUCUCUUCUUGAGCCCUAAAGAAUGUUGGUUUGGAAGCUAGAGAAACAGGUUGAAGAGUGUUUGGUAGCUUCCUUGUAAUACAGGACCUCCCCUUUCAGAAGGAACUUUCAAGGGAUAGAAUUCCUAAAAGGGUCCAUGAGUUUGAGAACAAGAAAUAAACCCUGUAUUUGUCAUUUUAAAUUUUUGUUGGAGAUCUUCUGGGUCUACAAACAGAAUUCCCUUCUCGCCCUGUGUCUUUGUCCUUAAGCAGAGGCCACUUAAGGAUAAAAUUAUAACAGUAUCAUUUUCAAGUGAUUAUGAUGCAUGAGCCCAGUAAGGUGACACAGUUUUCCUCUCAAAGUUUUCAGACCCCGUAUGCCCCAGAGAGAAUGAGGACUCACUUUCCUUCCCUUUGCCAUUUUCUUCCUCUACUUUCCUUUCUCCCAUUCCAUCUUAGUGUUUAUAUACCACGUAUAACAUUGACAAAAGGACAUUCUAGUUGAAACCAGUGGUAUGGCUUCACUUCCUAUUUGCAAACAGAUACCAUAUAUGCUAUAUAGGACCAGAGAUGAUCUGUGAAACUAUGUAUGUUAUUUGCUAAAUUAUAUCAGAUUUCUGCCCAGAUAAAUGGGGAUAUUUUAGAUGUAGCAUAUAUUUACUGAGUCUUCACAUGCAUGGAACUAGCCAGGUAUAUUAUUACAUAUUUCAGGGGUAAUACAGCAAUCAGAAUAAAAUAUUUUUAAAAAUAUUUUUUCACAUUCUCCACUUUGGCACAUCCAUUAGAAUUCAGUUUACUUUAUUGUGUUCAGCUGAUUGAAAUGUAGGACAAAUGAUAAAUAAGAAUGUACUCCAUUAUCUCUGUAAAACCUAUUUUGGCAGUGGAAUUUUGAAGCAUAUUAUGUAAUGCAUUUUAUUUUUACUUGUUAGUCAUGAUCUAGAUGACAUCUCGAGCAGCGUCAUAGAGUCAUGCCUGGGAAAUAAAGGUGUUUGACUUUGGAGCCUGUCACCCUGUGGGUUGGUCUCUGGGGUUGACUCAGCUGAGUUAAUUGGUUAAAGGGGGUUCCCUUCUUCCCUGUCCUUGCAGCUGCACCCUCAGGUGAAAGGGAUGACCUUCCCAGACAGAAGUGAGUUUUUUGGUCAUGUCAUGACUGGCUCGUAAAAAUAAGCGUGAUCUUUUCCACUGGCCAUACACUUUCCAUAAAUAGCCCAGGAAGAAAGUAUGGGGCUUCAGAGCUGGCCAGAGUAGCCUUCACAUGUUUCCAUUCAUAAAUCCUGCCCGUAAGUGCUUGCAGUUAAAAACCAUUUAGCCUAAUUCAUUAUACCACUCCAGGGUAAUCAGUUCUAAGAAUGCAAAAUUGGGGGAUGGAGGUGAUUCGUAUAAUUUUUUUAUGAUUUGGUGCUGAAUCUGAGGGCUCACAGCAAUAAUAAACAGGGAUUGUUAUCUUCAAAUCUCUUUACAACUCUACUUAGUUAAUCUGCACAAAGCUAGAGUAGGAGACAGGUACAGUAGGAAUUAUCUCCAUUUCUAGGUUAUACCAAGGUGACGGAAUCAAGUUUUCAAACUAGCAUUAGAACAUGGGGAUGGUUGUAUGCUCACUUAUGAGUGUUUGCUAGUUUGCAUGGCUAUGGUGCGUGGUCAAGCACACAGACACUAAUUAGAGAUGUGUGUCUCCAUAAUUAUAUGUCUAUGAUUAAUAAUAUCUAAUAUCUAUUUUAUAUAUAUAUAUAUAAUUUAUCAUUGUAAAACAGAACGAAGUGUGAUUCAAGUUAUCCUUGAAUUUAGAUUAUAAAAUCUUAAACAAAAUAUACUUAAAUAGUUUUUAUUAUCUUGGAUUGUUCUUCAUCUGUUUUGAAGUCUGCCACUGCUGACUUCACUCUGUCAGGAGUCUUUGAGUUGAUUUCCACAUUUGUCCAUGUAAUCCUUUCAGUGAUCAUUGAGCACCUACUGCAUAUAAGACAUCGGGCAAGGAUCCAUCCAUAUUAUUACAGCCGUUACCCCUUUGUAUGCUGGUGGAACAGAGAUGGGAACACCAGAAAGCCCUCUGGCCAGGAACCAGACACUGACCUUGGCCACAGCAAAAUGUCCUAAGCCACUGAAUUUGGUUCUUUUCUCCUUUCUGUUAGCAUAGGAGCAAUGCAUAGAAUCUUACUUCAAUUAACAGGCUAACUUACCCAGAAUCAAUUUUUCUUUCUUUUUUUUUUUUCUGUCUCCUCCUAGGCCUAUGUGAAUUUUAUUGCUAAAAAUAACUAGAAAAUUUAAUGUACGAUGCAGGUGAAGGGAUAGCAGGCAUAUGUACAUGGAGCGAGUUGAAAAUUUUAUCAUCACUACUAAUUAAUAGAAAUGUUAGUAACAACUACUUUUUGGGAGGUUAAUAGCAUUCAUGUCAUUAUGAAGCAAGAUUCAUCUGAAGUGCCUAGACUGUGACAUCAUUAAGUGUCUGAAUUUCAUAGAUAGCAUACUUAAGUUUUAAAAAUAGGAGCUUCAAUCUGCAAAGAUGAACUCAUGUUCUUUAGCCUUUUCCCUCUUUCAAGGUCUUUGUAUUGUAAUCUAUAAAACAUGUCUUAGAAAAAAUUACUCUGGAGGAAAUUAUGAAAAAAAAAAAGUAUCAGAUGUGAAACAGACAGGAAGAAGGCAUAAGCAGGGGAGAACAAGGAGGAUUAGAUUCAAGCAGUUAGAAUGGAACAGCAAGUUCAACCGUGGACAAUUUCUCCUGAAUUUUAAAUUUUAUCCCUAGAAGAGCAUGUGAACUCCCAUGGUGUUAGCACUCAAAUGGACAGGCAAGGAAUUUUAUUUGGCAGUCUAACCACAUCCUGUAGUUUUUGACCUGAGCACCAGUGCCAAGGAUAUUUUGAGUCGUACUCUUACCCCUGGCUUAAUGUCCCUAAUUUGUUUCCAUAAAAUUAGAACAUAAGGCAAAUAGGCAUUAGGGGAUAGCACCAGCCAAUUGUAAAUCACCUUUCGAAUCAUUUCUUUGAAGGAUUGCCAAUAUCCUCUGAUACAAAUUGUCUGACGAAAAGCGAACAAGCCUAGACAAACUGAAAAAAGAAAGCAUUCAUUGGUUUAGCUGAGUGAGCACCAUUGUAUUCCAAUGUGAUAGGCCGCACAACUUCCUGCUGAAGGUUUUAUUCCUUCUUCAAUACUAUGAAUAAUUAUCUUUUAAUUGUGAAAAUGGGUAUCAAUUCUUAAUUACUCUUCCAAAAAUCCAAUAUAAAUUUUUGCUGUUGUUUCGAAAGGACAGAUGUAUUGCAUUUCUGGUUUGCAGAUUUCUAGCCAGCUUGUCAACAUUUUUGUUCUAGAAUAGCUUCUUAAGAGUCUGUGAGCAAGAUGCAGAAUUAGAGUGCUUAUUUAUAGGUCAGAGGCCAAGAAUACUCCGUUGGCUGUUAACUGUGGCGGGAUGUGACUUUGGAAAGCUCUGAACACAUCUUUACAUGCAACAAAAUGAUCACUUAUUUACUAUUUAACUCAACGGAAAAGAGCCUUUUGUUUGAGCUUUUGAAAGUGUUCCCCAAUGUAUUGUGCUUCUAAACGUGAUACAUGAUCCCAGUAUUUUUUGUUUUGAACAAUCUCUGAAAGCUAUUCCAAACAUGGCAUUCCUCAAGGAAUAUUUCUUGAAUGUGCAAAAGUAUUCUCGAAUGUGUCAUGUGGCAGACCACCUUUCUCAUGCCUUACAGCUGCGCCUAAAAUAUGCAAUAAGCACUCACGUAGGAGUGGCAGGGUCUUCAGGUAGUGAUUUCACCACGCCGUAGAAAUGGCCCUGCUCCGCACAGCUCACCCACCACAUUGAGAAAGGACGUCAUGUAAAUAAACCUUCGUUUCUAGGUGAGGGAAAUACAGGGACACACAUAAUUCCAUUUCUUCUUUCAGUUCCAUCUGUAGUUAGAAAGCGUAAUCUUUUUAAUAUGCUGGAUGCAAAAAAGAAAAUUAAUAGGAAAACAUUUUAAAGAGGUAUUCUAAUUUUCUAUUUUAAAAGUUUAUAAUAGCAAUUUGUUUGUAAAAACAGGCCUUAGCACAUAGAUGAGAACCAGCGCUUUUUGGACAGCCUCAUCUUUGUCCUGGGAGUUUAAUCACCUUGAGCUCUUACCCAAAUGAAAGACCUAGUAGGUCUUUAAAAAUGUAAAUAAUGUAUAGUUUAAAGAAGGGUAAAAAACCCAUUUUUUUAAAAAAUGAAGAAAACAGGUCAGAUAUGUUCUAGGUGUGUAACAAGGCUAAAUUAAAAGUCUUUUAAACAUUCUGGUUAGAAACUUCAUUAAAUUCACUCUCCCAGCAAGGCUUAGCACAGAAGGUCUACUUCUCGACCAGCCUGAUUUUUUUUUACGGAGGCUAUGAGCAAAAUUAUUCUAAUAAAGCAACUGAGUCCUGAGGCAGUAAGGGGAUGAGGCACAGUUCACUUUGAUGAGGGUAUAACCACAGUAAAUGACAUAGCCAGGAAACUGUACAGCCCUGGACACGUGCUCCUCAUUUCUGUGGAGUGGAAAGGAACAUAGAGCCCCACGCCAUCGCUACACAGACCAGGGAAAGGCUGUCUACGUUGCAGGGCUGGGGACGACCCCAUGGCUGUUCUUUUAUCUGCAUAAAGCAUGUGGUACCUCUGAACCCCUCAUUUCAGCCUUGUCCCAGGCCAUUCCCACCACCCUGGAAGCCUUCGGUUUCCACAACCUCCGCCUUGAAGACAAAAGGUAUUUAGGCCUUGUCCAACCACCUGCCUUAUGAGGUCCAUCCAUUUCUAAACCAAGGGUUUAAAUGUGAUUACUUUGCUCGGAUUUACAAGAAUGUACAAUCAACGGGUCCCCUUUUGCGGUAAAGGGCACUAAUUGAAGGCCAUACUCAUUUUUUCCCUCAGGUCAGAGGCAGAGGGAGGAUUUCACAGUGACCAAAUAGAGACCUCCUUGUGUCAGUUUUUUUUUAAAGUUCAUUUAAUGGUGAUAAUGGAGGGAGAAAGGAGUAAAGGAUAAUAAUGCAGGCAUGAAGAAAGAAACCGAAAGAAAGAUCCCACUGCUUGCUCAAUUAAUUCUUCUUAGGCUGCCUGACUCCAGCCAUCACCUACAUCCUAAACAGCUGUGUUUAGCUGGCUAGAGAGGCUUCUCAGGCUGUGUGAACUUCCACACAGGGACUAUAUGUGAUUUCAGAUCAAUAGUGUAGUCUGCCAGAGAAGCAUUCUUUAAUCAUAAUUCCCCGUUACCCGAUAAACAAAUCUAUAGAAAUAGCUAUCACAUUGGUCAGUUCUGUGCAUGUAGCUAACGAAAUUGUGACUCAUUUCUCUUGUACAGUUUGCUAUGAUUUUGGUUUUCUGAGACAUUUGUUCCUUAUGGUCUUGAAUAUGAAUUCUAUAUUAAUAAUAUAACUAUGUAUUUUUUGCUGAAAAACACAUGUAUGAAGUAAGAAUAAA